UAACGUUCAUGGUCAGCUAUUAAAGCUAACGUUAAUUAGUGCAGCCGUGAUAAGUAAUAAUGCCGGAAAUGCCUUCUGUUCAGAAUAACUGUUCGUAGCUCCCCUUCGCUAGCUUAGGUGACGGUUGUCCCCGUUACCUGUCGCUGGCCGUUUUAAUCGUUGAUUUAAGGACGUAAGUCUGAAGUUAGCUCGACCUGCGGGCUGUAAUUCGCUCAAACCAAGCACGAGAAACGCAUGAGGAGUUUUCACAAAGCAUCAGCUCAGAGGGAGGAUGCCUCGUUUGGAAAAGUCAAAUAGCAGAGAGACCAAGAGACCUAAAUUAGACUGGACGUUUGUGCAGAGGCUCUGCAGCAUUCAGAAGGUCCUGUUCCCAUCAUGGACCAGUCAAAGCGCCCUGAUGUUUGGGACGCUGCUCGUGGUCACGCUCACAGAGCAGCUAAUCAUUUACCAGGUGGGUGUCCUCCCGAGUCAUUUCUACAGUGUGCUGGCAGACAAAGAUUACUCGGCCUUCCAGAGUCUGGUGGGCACAGCGAUGGUGCUCAUCUUGAUCAACUCCACAUUGAAAAGUAUCGACCAGUACAUUUGCAAUCUGAUGUACGUUACCUGGAGGCGGAUGCUAACGGAGAGCCUCCAUGCAUCCUACUUCCAGGGCAGAGUCUACUACACACUCAAUGUUCUCAGAGGGGAAAUAGACAAUCCAGACCAGCGGAUCAGUCAGGAUGCAGAUCGGCUGUGUAAGCAGAUGAGCACCAUGGCGAGUCGUUUGAUUGUCUCUCCGUUCACGCUGGCGUACUACAGCUACCACUGCUUCUAUAGCACCGGCUGGAUUGGUCCUGUGAGUAUCUUUGGCUACUUUGUGAUUGGGACCAUCGCCAAUAAAAUCCUCAUGGGGCCGAUUGUAUCGACUCUGUUUGAGCAAGAAAAACUGGAGGGUGACUUCAGAUUUAAGCACAUGCAGAUCCGUGUCAAUGCAGAGUCUGCAGCUUUUUACAGAGCCGGUAAAGUGGAGCACAUGAGGACCGACCGCAGGCUGCAGACUCUGUUAGAAACUCAGAAGAGUCUCAUAAACAAAGAGCUCUGGCUUUAUAUCGGGGUGAACACGUUUGACUACCUUGGAGGUUACCUCAGCUACAUCAUCAUCGCCAUCCCAAUCUUCACUGGUAUCUACAAUGGUCUCCCUCCUGGGGAGCUCAGUGCACUCAUCAGUAAGAACGCCUUUGUGUGCAUCUACUUGAUAAAUGGCUUCACGCAGCUAAUAGACCUGUCAACCACUCUGUCCGAUGUGGCUGGAUACACCCACAGGAUUGGGGAGCUGAGGGAGGUGAUGGAUGACAUCCUACGCGAGCAGUGUGACUACGACCCGGCAUCGGGGGAAAGCUACAACUUUGACAGUGACUUCAAUGUCCAUGCGGGCCCUGCGGACACCGCCUUCAUCCUGGAAAAUCUUUCAUACAAAUCUCCUUACUCUGACAAGUUGCUGGUGGAGAAUCUGAGUCUGAAAAUCAGCCAGGGAACCAAUCUACUGGUGGUGGGGAACACGGGCACCGGCAAGACGUCACUACUGAGGGUCCUCAACCGACUCUGGGAGGCACACAGCGGUUUUGUCCACAUGACCACAUGUUUCGGGCCCAGAGGAACACUCUUCCUGCCACAGAAACCUUACCUGACCGAUGGCACACUGCGGGAACAGGUUAUCUAUCCACUGAAGGAUAUUUACCCUGCAUCAGGGCCAGUGGACGAUGACAGAAUUAUACAAUUCCUGGAACUAGCUGGAGUGUCUGGUCUCCUGAAGCGGACCGGCGGGCUGGAUGAAAAGGUGGAAUGGAACUGGUACGAUGUUCUGUCUCCAGGGGAAAUGCAGCGUCUCUGCUUUGCUCGUCUCUUCUACCUGCAGCCCAAAUAUGCAGUGUUGGACGAGGCCACCAGCGCUCUGACGGAGGAGGCAGAAGCUCAGCUGUACCGGACCUGUAAACGCCUCGGCAUGACUUUGGUCAGUCUGGGCCAUCGCAGCAGCCUGGAGAAGUACCACGAUGUCCAGUUGAAACUCUGUGGAGGAGGCCUGUGGGAGUUAACCAAGUUAAAAGGAGGCACCAAGAGCCUCGAAGAAGAACUGUGACUUCAAGGUCAUUUCUUUGACAUUGUGGACAUGCAGUGAGCUUCAGUGUGGGAGACGAGGACAUGACACACUCCACCGCAGGGACUGGCUGUUAAAGUACCGUGAUACUGAGCACUGGUGUUACUGAGGAAUUCAGGAGAGCUGUCCUCAUGCAACGUUUAGGCAGAGCUGGACCCAAAUGGUUUGGAAUCAUCACAACAAAUCAGAAAAGGACAUUUGAAUCUUUCCAUACGCACAUUUACGUUUUUUUUAUAGCAUUAUGAUUACAUUUGUUCAUUGCAUUAUGUUUACAAUCACUUUUUCACAUCAAGUGGACAGCACAUCUGUGGGUUAUACAUAGUUUUAAAAAGUUGUUUACCUGAUUUCACAAAAAUGUCAUAUGUACAAUAAAAAUAAUCCCAUA